ACAGCAAGGGAGGCUACCUGGCGGCAUAAAUAUGAUAUAUAAAUCGGGCAAGAAAAUGGCGUACCUGUCGUCGCCUUCUUUCUCUCUUUCUUUAACUAGAGAGAUGGAAGAGAAGAAGAAAGCUGUCACGGAGGGAGGAGGACAAGAGGAGACGCUAUUAAACCACUCCUUUUAGAUUUCUCUCUCCUUCAUUUGUGUCUGCCCCUUUGUCUCCGUGUGUGUUUGCUCGAGAGGCUCUUCGGCUAUGGCGUCUGGGUUUCCCGUGCGUGAACUCGGCUUCGGCGUGCAGAUCCCCAUGCCGACGCGAGCGGAAGCUGGAAGUGGCGGCCUGCUGAAGCGGUCGCUGACGGAAAUGGAGAGACAGCGGCAGCAGCAGCAGAUGCAGAUGCAGAACGCGCACUUCCUCCGAUCCGUGAGGCAAAGGACGCUUCUUGCCCCCCAUGCUUCCUCCCACCUGUCUCCUCCUCUUCUCCCUGUUGUUCUCUCUUCGGGUUCCUCCUCCUCGGUUUCGGCCAAUUUGACGGCGUCGGGAUUCGCGCGGCCUCAGGAGCACUCCUCUGUGCCGCAGGCGGCCGGGACGGGAGUUGAGAGGAUGCGAGACCGUCUCCAGGAGCUAGAGCGGCGGCUUCUCUUGGACGAGGAAGAGGAGGAGGAAGAGGGCGAGGUCAGCGCGUCGAGCUCCGCCGUGACCACUGCCGAGUGGAGCGAUGCGAUGCAGCAGAUCAUCACGCCGCAAGCGCCGGUACCGACCCCGUUGUCUUCUUCGCCCACCAGCUCCUCCUCCUCCACCGUCUCGUCCUCUGUCUCGUGCUCUCCUCCCUCGACAUCCACGGCGACAGUAGCAGCGGCUUCUUCUUCGAGGCAGAUGCUUCUCGACACCGCCGCUGCCAUUGCAGACGGUAACCUCGAGACGGCCACCGCGAACCUUGCUGUCCUGAACCGCGUCGCAAACUCCCGAGGCGACGCGGAGCAGCGGCUCACCGCGAUGAUGGUUGGCGCACUCCUCUCUCGCCUGAACCCGGCACAGGCUGGGAGUACCUCUCUCCCGAUUGCGGCACUCUGCAGCGGGGAGCACUUUGCGGCAGCGCAGAUGCUCUACGAACUGUCUCCUUGCUUCAAACUCGGGCUCGUCGCCGCCAAUUUGGCGAUUUUGGAGGCUACCAAGGACCAGUCCAUGAUCCAUAUCCUUGACUUCAGUCUUGGCCAGGGCGGCCAAUACGCCGCCCUCCUCCACGUCCUCGCGGAACGCCACCGAUUCCAGCCUGCCGUCUGUCCCCCCGCCCUUAGGAUCACCGUCGUCGCAGACCCCAGUUUCCCCUUCACCAACCCCAACAGCAGCGGGAACCUGAGGGCCGUCGGCGACCGGAUCGAGAAGCUGGCCGAGCGGGCCGGUCUGGAGGUCCGCUUCAGCGUCGUCCAUCGGCGGGCGGCGGAGCUAGACGCGUCGACUCUGGGGUGCCAGCCCGGAGAAGCCCUGGCAGUGAACCUGGCCUUCGCGCUCUCUCGUGUCCCGGACGAGAGCGUCUCUCCCGCGAACCCCCGCGACGAGCUCCUCCGUCGCGUGCGCGCCCUCCGGCCGCGCGUGGUGGCGCUGGUGGAGCAGGAUAUCAACACCAGCACCGCCGCCUUCGCCGGCCGCUUCGCGGAGGCGUGCGCGCACUACGGCGCCCUGCUGGAGUCGCUCGACGCGACGGUGAACCGGGACAGCGCCGAGAGGGCCCGAGUCGAGGCCGGUUUGGCUCGACGGGCAGUCAAUUCGGUGGCCAGGGAAGGGAUGGACCGGGUCGAGCGGUGCGAGGUCUUCGGCAAGUGGCGGGCGCGGAUGCGAAUGGCCGGGUUCGAGUCCGUUCCGCUCGGACGGGACGUGAUCGAACCGGUUAAGGCUCGACUCGCGUCUGUCGCCCCCGACCAUGGGUUCACCAUCCGGGAAGAAACCGGCGGUCACGGUCUUGGAUUCGGAUGGAAGGGGCGGGCGAUCACAGUCGCCUCCGCGUGGCGUUAGGCCGAUUUAUUAGAAUUAUUUACUA